GGAGCGGAGUCCAACGGGCGAAGCCGUUUCCAUGGUGACAAGCCCGGACUGAAUCAUGUCGGAUCUCGGCUCGGAAGAGAUCGAAGAAGAGGCCGAGAAUGAUUUGGGGGAAUAUGAAGGGGAACGCAAUGAAGCUGGUGAACGGCAUGGACAGGGAAAGGCCAGAUUACCCAAUGGUGAUACCUACGAAGGACAAUAUGCAAAUGGUAGAAGAAAUGGGCAGGGAUUGUACAGAUUCAAGAAUGGUGCACGCUACAUAGGACAAUAUUCUGAGAAUAAAAAACAUGGCAAAGGCAUCUUUUAUUAUCCCGAUGGAUCCCGAUAUGAUGGAGAGUGGGUGGAGGACCAAAGACAUGGAAAUGGCAUUUACUACUAUGUAAAUGGAGACACAUACGAUGGAGAGUGGUUCAAUCACUACAGGCAUGGGCAAGGUACAUAUGUGUAUGCAUUAACUGGCUCUAAAUAUAUUGGCACCUGGGCAAAUGGACAACAAGAAGGAGCUGCUGAACUUGUUCACCUAAACCAUAGAUACCAGGGGAAGUUUGUGAAUAAAAAUCCAUUGGGUGCUGGGAAGUAUAUAUUUGAUAUUGGAUGUGAACAACAUGGCGAAUACAUCCACGAGGAAAAACCAGAGGAAGAGGAGGAAGAAGAAGUUAUGGGUCCAUCUAUCCCAAAAUGGAAAGCAUCAAAAAUUACUGAACUAACACUCUGGGCACCUGAAGAACCACCUCCCCCUCCUCCAGCAGUAGAGGUUGCAAUAGUUGAAGAACCAGCACCUCCAGAUGACACUGCAACUGAAGCUCCUUCUGAAACUACUGAGCAAACUGCAGAGACAACAGAGGCCACUGAAGAGACAACUCUUCCUAAAGAUACUGAGGAAGAAGAUGAGGCAGCUAAAGAAGAGCCAGCUGUCAUACCAGAAGAAAAAGAGGAGGAACUUGAGGCCCAGGACUAAAGGAAAGAAGCGACAAACGUUGGAUACAAAGAAAUGAAGCUCAAUCCAGUCAAGGUUAAGUUCCGUUAGUUUCAAUUGAGGUAUACUCACAUGCUCAACUCUCCCAUUGAAACUAGUGGGACUUAAAAGUAGUUGAUUUUGAUGGGAUUGUGCUCACACUCCUUUGGCUGUGCACUUAUUAUCUGAACGGCUUCCUUCAUAUUUCAAGGGGCAGUAAUAGUCUCACUGCUGUGACAAGAGGCAAAAGUCUGCCCUUCCUUCACCACUCACUUCUGCUCCACAUCUUCUAUCCUGUUUCCCUGCCGUCAAAUAGGUGGUGGUGGUGCAGAAAUGUGCCUUUUAAAUUGAAAUGUCUUUGAAUAAAAUAUAAGUUUUGUUGUUAUUGAAUCUAUGGUUUCUGGGAUGUGUGUAUGUGUGUUUUAUAUUAAAUACAGAAUGUAACUGAACCAAGUUAGUCUGUGGGCAUUUUGCUUUUGCUUUUCUGUAAGGGAAAGGAAAACCUGCAUUGACUAGAUUGUACUUUUGACUUAAAACUGUUCUCUUACACAUUUGAUCCUUUGUUAGCAACACUCAGACACCUCCUUCUCCCUGAUGCAUUUCUUCCCCCUGUGGAGGAAAUAAGAAGCUUCAAGGCUGCAGUGAGGAAGAAGUGCAGGUGGCUAGCUUGGAGAGACCAAGGGAGCAGAAGACACCUCAUCUGGUUCCUCCUCACUUGGAUGCCAAACACUAAAUCAAUAAAGCUAUUUCCUCCACUAAAAACACAUACAAUUUUCCUUUGGAACUGCCCUGUUAGCUGUAAUAGGGUACUCAGAAAUAAACGAAGACUGGCUCAUGUACUACAUUUUUAUCAGAAAAAAAUAACAAAAAAUACACAUGGUAAACACAAAUAUAUGUUUUUAAAACAUGUUUGAUACAAAACAUGCUACAUGGAGCUGCCAAUAGAUUUUUGCAGAUUGGCUGCAAUGAGCUAGGUGUAUUCCAAAUGAGGUUUUCAAACAGUUAUGUCAAGUGCCUUCAUUUUUGCUUUGGUCCACUAGA